GUGUCAGUGAGCCUGCUGUCACUGUUGGUGACCACCUGUGGCCUGGCCCUUUUCGGGGUCUCACUCUUCUUCUCAUGGAAGCUGUGCUGGGUGCCAUGGUGCGACUGUGGCCUUCCCGAGGGCUUGAAGGAUGGCCACGGGGACCAGCAACCAGUCCUGAUGGAGAUGGAUGGGGUGGAGAAUGAGUACAGCGAGGACUGUGUCAAGGAGCCCUCAGGCCUUUUAGCCCCAGAGUCAGCCAUGAAGAUCAGCCACACGUCCCCAGACAUCCCCCUGGAGGUCCAGUCCAAGCCCAAGGAAAACCACGUCAGCCAUAUCGCCCGCGUGCAGCGCCAGAUCACAGAGCCCACCUCCUCUGUCCGGUCAGCCCCACAACACAGAAACAAUAACGAGGCAAUUGAACUACCCUGUUGCAUUAUGUCUAUAGAUAGCUAAUGAUAACUGGUUUCUCUACCCUCUGUAGGCACAACUCCUUCCGCCGCCAGAUGAACCUGUCCAACCCAGACUUCAACACGGGCCAGUUCCAGAGACAGGAGUCCCUGGCCACUCUGGGCCGGAUCAAACCUGAGCUCUAUAAGCAGCACUCUGUGGACACGGACGACGGCAGGAGGGCUGACAGCUGCGGCCGGAUACACUUCAUCCUCAAGUUUGACUGUGACCUGGAGCAGCUCAUCAUCAAGAUCCACAAAGCCCAGGACUUACCGGCCAAGGACUUCACCGGAACCUCUGACCCUUAUAUCAAAAUCUACCUGCUCCCCGACCGCAAGACCAAGCACCAGACUAAGGUGCACCGCAAGACCCUCAACCCCGUGUUCGAUGAGGUCUUCCUGUUCCCUGUGGCCUACGCUGAGCUGCCCACGCGCAAACUGCACUUCAGCGUCUACGACUUUGACCGCUUCUCCCGCCAUGACAUCAUUGGCCAGGUGGUGGUGGAUAACUUCCUGGACCUAGCAGACUUCCCCAGAGAGACUAAACUCUGUAGGGACAUCCAGUACGUCACC